AUGGCGGACGACGACGCCAACGCCAUGAUGCGGAACAUGUCCAAAGCGGCCACCGCGUCGAACCUCCCUCGAGCGACGCGGGUGAAAAACAAAUCCGCCGCUGCGAUCCAAAUCACCGCCGAACAAAUCGUCCGCGAAGCGAAAGAGCGACAGGACGACACGUACAUCGCGCCGAGGCAAAAGAUCACGAACAACGAAGAACUGUACGAGUACCGAUUGAAGAAACGGAAAGAAUUCGAAGACGUGAUUCGGAGAACGUAUUGGGACAGCAAAGUGUGGACGCGAUACGCGCAAUGGGAGGAAGGCCAAGGGGAUUUCGCACGAGCGAGAAGCGUCUGGGAACGCGCGCUGGAUCAAAAUUAUAAAGAAGUCCCGGUGUGGAUAAACUACGCGGAGAUGGAAAUGCGAGCUGGGUUUGUGAAUCACGCGAGGAACGUGUGGGACCGCGCGUGCUCUUUGUUGCCGAGACACGACGUUUUGUGGUAUAAGUUUACGCACAUGGAAGAGACGAUGGGCGAAAUAGCGGCGUGUCGAAACGUGUUUGAGAAAUGGAUGAAAUGGGAACCGAGCGAGUUAGCGUGGAACGCGUUUGUGAAUUUUGAGAUGCGGUAUAAGGAGUACGAUCGCGUGCGAGAUGUGUAUCAGAGAUACGCGCAGGUGCAUCCGUCGACUAGAGUGUUCGGGAAGUGGGCGAAAUUUGAGCAGUAUCAGAAACACGACAACGAAAAUUGCAGGAAAGUGUUCGAGGCUGGGAUUGAGAUGUUGAGCGAAGAGGAAGACGUGGACGAUUUGUACGUUCAAUACGCAAAAUUUGAGGAGAAAAAUCACGAGUAUGAACGCGCGAGAGGGAUUUAUAAGUACGCGCUGACGGCGUUGCCGAAAUCGAUGCACGACUCGAUCCGGAAAGCGAUGAUGACGUUUGAGAAACAGUUUGGCGACUCGAAAGGCAUUGAAAAUGCAGUCGUGGAGAAACGAAGACACGAAUACGAAAUUUUAGUCGAAAAGGAACCGAUGAAUUACGACCAUUGGUUCGCGUUUGCGAAAUUAGAAGAGGAGAACGGGGAGUGGGAUAAAGUUCGAGAGGUGUACGAACGCGCGAUUGGGAACAAACCGCCGGCGAACGAGAAGAGAUAUUGGCGACGAUACGUGUAUCUAUGGAUCAAUUAUUUCUUAUUCGAAGAGUUGGACGCGAAAGAUUACGACCGUGCGAGGGAGGUUAUGCGAGAACUCUUGAAGUUGGUCCCGCACAACGAGUUUUCGUUUUCGAAAGUGUGGAUCAUGGCCGCUAAGUUUGAAUUGAGAAGGAAAAAAUUAGACGCGUUUCGUAAGAUUAUGGGAUUAGCCAUCGGAUUAGCUCCGAAACCAAAAAUCUUUGACGCGUACAUAGAGGUCGAGUCUCAGUUAGGAAACGUGGACCGGUGUCGAUCGUUGUACGAAAAGUCGUUAGAGUUGAACCCGAGAGAUUGCGAGAGUUGGGUGAAAUACGCCGAGUUGGAGAAGGAUUUAGGAGAAACCGAACGCGGUCGCGCCAUUUUUGAAAUGGCAAUCGAACAACCGGCUUUAGACAUGCCCGAAAGCUUGUGGAAGGCGUACAUUGACUUUGAAAUUUCCAUUGGGAACAGAGUCGAAGCGAGAGCGUUGUACGAGCGAUUGUUAGAGAAGACGGAACACGUGAAAGUUUGGAUGAGCUUUGCCAAGUUUGAAAACAAAAUCGUCUUGCCGCCUCCCGAGGACGACGAGGAAUGGGACGAAGACGAGGAGACUGAGGCGGAAAGAAGAAAGCGAGAGGAGGCGCACGUGAAGAAAACACCGACGGAAUCGAAAGAAGCUCGCGAACAAAACGCGAGAAGGGUUUUUGAACGCGCGUUGGAGGCUUUGAAAACGAACCAACCCGAUGCGAAAGAGGAACGGGUGAUGUUGUUAGAGGCGUGGAAAGUGUUCGAGGAAAACGCUUCUGGCACGUCGAAUGAAAAGAAAGAAUUGAUAGACGCCGUGGACAAGAAGAUGCCGAAACGCGUCAAGAGAAAACGUCCAAUGUACACCGAAGACGGCGAAGAUGCAGGGACGGAAGAGUAUUACGAUUACGUGUUUCCAGAAGAAGCAGGCGCGAAACCAAACUUGAAGUUGUUGGAAGCAGCGUACGCGUGGAAGAAACAAAAGCAAAUGGAAACGUCCUCGUAA